AUGUCACGUGAUAAAUUUGCUGUAAGGAUGAUCAAUUUACCUUUUGGUAUUACAGCAAAAGAAAUUAUUUCUAACAUCAAAACUAUUGGUACACUUACUUGCUAUAUCCCUAGGUCUCGUAAUUAUAGACAUAGAAGUGAGACAAUUAUUUCAUUUGAAAGUGAAGAGGUGCUAGAAUCAGCAAUUGUAAAUGAUGAGGUAAAAGAAAGUGAUUACAAUGAACCUGAGGUUGAUUCGCAAAUGGAUUUUGAUGAAUUAAAUUCACACAAUGCGGAAGGAAGCGCAGAAUUGAAAAACAAAAAUGAAGAUAAGUUUGGGAGACUAUUACAAGUGGUAGAACAAGUUGACCAACGUAUGAAUACACUUGAAUUUAUAGGUAGAGCAGAAAUAAAUUAUGGUGAAAGCAGGGGACAGUGGUAUAAAGACAAUAAUGAUAAAUUUUGUAUCCACUGUUCGGACAAUAGAAAAGAAGCUGGGGUAGCUUUAAUAAUUUCAAAACCAUUAAAUAAGUAUAUUUGUAAGAAAAGAGAAUAUGAGGGUAGAGCAAUUUGUGUAGAUUUAGUCCUUUCAAGAAAAAUGACAAUUUGCAUAAUACAAGUUUAUUUACCAAGUAAAAAAAGUGAUAAAGUUAAUAUAAUUAACUGGAUUAAAACCCAAUUAAAUGAAGCCCAAACGAAAAAGAAAAAAGUUAUUGUGAUGAGGGAUUUUAACGCAGUACCUUCGCUUGCAAUAGAUCGAAACAACAAUAGUUAUUCACAUUUUCCAGAAAGCAAAAUUUUUCUAAUACUAAGUAGUUAUAACCUAAUUGACUACUAUAGAAUAAUGUUCCCUGAAAAUACAGGAUAUAUAUGGAAAAGAGAUAAUUCAAAUGAGGAAAGCAGAAUUGAUGCAAUUUGGAUGUUACACAGAUGA